CUAAGCCAGAGGACAAUAAUGCCAGUGCUCUAGACAGCCUCAGUACAGGAAACAAACAUGGUCUAAACAGGACGACCAGCUACAUCCUUCUCUUCCACUUAAAAAGACCAGCUGCACCAUCAUGGAUUCAAACAAUAAGAAUAGUCCCAUGUUCCUGAUAUUUCCUCCAGAGGUCACCAGCCCAGAACAUCAAACAACAACACUUACAGCCUCAGUCUAUAACUCCAAAAGCCGAGUGCAGAAACUCCUUAUUAGAAAACUGAAGAUCUUAGGGACCACCCAGAUCCUGUGUGGAAUCAUGAACUUUUCAUUUGGAGUUGUUUUCCUUUUCACCUUGGUAAACCCAUAUCCAAGGUUUCCUUUUAUAUUUAUCUCAGGAUAUCCAUUUUGGGGCUCUGCUUUGUUCAUUAACUCUGGAGCCUUUCUGAUUGCACUGAAAAGAAAAACUACAGACUACAUGAUAAAAAUGAGCCAGGUGAUGAAUUUACUUAGUGCCCUGGGAGCAGCAGCCGGAAUCAUUCUCCUCAUAUUUGGUUUCCUUCUAGAUGGAGAAUUCAUCUGUGGCUAUUCUCCAGAUGCUAAUCAGUGUGGUGCUAUUACCACUCUGUUCAUUGGGAUUUUGGCUAUGCUGAUGAUCUUCAGCAUUAUUGAACUGUUCAUCUCCCUCUUUUCUUCAGCUUUGGGGUACACUUCAGAAUAACUUGGGGAAUGCCGUUCUUGAAUAGCACUGUGCAAAUAAAGAUGCAAAACGA